ACUGAGUCUACUUACCGGCCGACCAAAAAACCCGAAGACAAGCGUCGAAGUCUCCUGAUCUACCGCGCAGAUCGUUCGGGAACAACUUUUACGACAAAAAUGUUCGCUGAAGAUCCACAGCUGUUUACAGUUUAUGAACCACUUUGGAUAACAAGUUUAUGGAAUAGAGAAUAUCCCACAGAAGUUUCUCACUGGAAAAGAAAUGUAGUUGAUGUACUCAGAGGAAUAUUAGGCUGUAAAUUUGCCGAUUCCCAGGCAGGAACUAAAUUUCUUUCCUACACAGACAGGCAAUGGAGUGGUGCUUUUGUAAAGAACCCAUUUAAAAGUGCAGCCUUCUGUAACGGCACUUGCAAAGAUUUUUCCAAAACCCCAGAGUGCGUAGAUGAAGUUUGCCUUUCAAAAUUUAAACACAGUGUGACAAAAAUAGGCGAGCCAAGAGUACCAGAUAAUCUACUGUCCGCUGUAGUACCCAAACUGCUUGAGGAGAAUCCCGAAACAGAUGUCCGCGUCAUUCAGCUCGUGCGUGACCCGCGAGGCAGCUUCAACUCGAGGAUCAAACUCGGAUGGAUGGAGGAAUAUCAACACUGGGAUUUUCCUAACACCGUUCGAUAUCAGUGCUCAAAAUUAGCCCAAAACAUAAAGUUUGGACGUAACCUACCUUUUAAAUGGCGUGAUCUGGCAAAGCACCCUAUUGAAACCACAAAAAGUAUGCACGGGUUUGCAGGAUUUCAGAUGUCACCGAAAAUUCUUGACUGGGUCAGAAAAAACACUUCUCCGAGCAAAGAAGAAUUAUUGAAAGAAAAGGAAGAUAUAUAUUCUUCGGUAAGGAAUUCUUCAGCAAAUGCUGAUUAUUGGACACAAGAAGCCCCGAUUAAUAGGACAAGAAUAAUAGAACAAAACUGUAAAGAAGCAUUCGAUCUCCUAAAACUGGAGACGAUGAUUACCAACUAA